AAGAUCAAGGAUGGUCCAAUAAUGUACACCCUCACACAACUACACAACCUCAUUUUGAUUGUACUUUCCUUUUCCAUGAUGUGUGGUAUUAUAUAUGAGAUUUAUCAAAGAUGUUUAGAUGAAGGUGUUUUCAGAGGAGCAAUUUGCCCCGAUGAUGACAAGGAAUCAAAGUUAAUGACCAAUGGGCCUGUAGCCUUUUGGGUGUUUGUUUAUCACCUUUCCAAAUACUACGAAUUGGUGGAUACAUUGUUGAUUGUUGUUAAGAAAAAACCCUUAAUUGUCCUUCAUGUGUAUCAUCAUUUAAUAAUGAUUUGGAUUACUUGGAGUUGGCUUAAGGACCCUUGGUUUAUUGGCUCCUGGUGGUGUAUAUUUGUUAACUCAAUAAUCCACACAAUCAUGUACUAUUAUUAUUUGCAAGCAGCAAGAGGAAAGGUACUUAAAUGGAAGAAUAUCCUAACUGGUGGUCAAAUUGUUCAAUUAUUUUCUGGUUUCUUACUUGUUUCAUAUUGGUUCUUCAUCAAAGGUGAAAACCAUUGUUCUAAUGGGUAUUAUGCAGGAAUUUUUUCUCAUCUUGUUAAUGGUACUUUGAUCUUACAAUUUAUUCAAUUUUUCUACACUAACUAC